AUGUGGCAGCAGGCGGUGCUAAAAAGUCCACCACCCUUGACCUUUGCAUGUUUUCGCCAAAGGCUGCUGUUGCUCACGGUCAUCCUGCUCUGCGUCAUCAUCCUCGCCCUUCUGAUGAGCAGCUGUGAAGACGCUUCGGCCAAAGACGAGUCGACCUCGCCGUCGGGCCAGUCGGACGCGGAGGAGGCGAAGACGGCCUUCCGAACGGCGAGGACCGAGACGGCGGCCAGCCGGGCCGGCGACUGGUCGACGCCGGCGGUCGACGGCGACUUCGGCCCUCUGGACGAGCCCAGUGAAGAGGAGUACCUGCGCAUCGUCGACUUUCUCGAGUUGCGCCUCGCCGUUCGGCUCGACGAGCCCGACGGCCAAGGCGACUGGCGCCAUCAGUUGGCCAGAGACCUGUUGUGGGCGGUCACUCUGCACAUUCCCGACAAGCGGCUCCGUCUCGCCUACUUCGCCUCGUCGGCGUCAACGUCAACGUCAACGUCGACGUCGACGUCGACUUCAACGGCGACGACGGCGCCAGACAGACCUGCCGUUGGGCUGGCGCGCUACGCCCGCGCCAUUGUGAUUCACGCAAAAACACAAACCUCGCCGUCGCCGUUGACGUCGCCGUCGCCGUUGGGAGUGGUGAGCGCGCCAAACGGGCCCGAGGUGGUGGAAUAUCUGGUCGGGCCGCUGGACAAUGUGACCGAGAUCUCGGUGUACCGGCGCGUCGCCUUCUACAAACGGCCUCUGUCCGGCGUCGAGAUGGACGCCCUGACCGACCUGUUGGCGGCGGCUCUGCGGCCGGCUCGUCGACUCAUGACGGCCGCCUACAACGCCACCUUCUACCGGCCGAGCUCGCGACACGUCUGGCCCAUCUGCCGGCGGCCGAACGGCGACGGCGACGACUGUCGCGACGAGUCCGACAAGACGGCGCCCAAG